UUCUUAAGGGAAGUGUAUGUUCCUAUAUCAUGAGUACAAACACGUGCCUUGGAGAUCUUUGUUAUAUGAGAAUUUGGCAUGAUAAUACGGGAGAAGGUAAUGACUCCAGUUGGUACCUACAUAAAAUUGUCAUUCACGAUCUACAAAAAGAAACCAGCUUCAUCUUUCUAUGUGAUGAUUGGUUAGCCCUUGAUAUUGGAGAUGGUAUGAUAGACCGCGUUAUACCGUCGUUGUCAAAGAACAACUUGGAAUUUGAAACGUUAAUUUCGCAACACACAAGGAUGAAUAUGACAGAGAAUCAUCUAUGGUUAUCUGUAAUUCUACGUCAGCAGAGGAGUGCAUUUACACGUGUACAGCGAUUGUCAUGUAUUCUGGCGUUACUGUUUCUGGCAAUGAUCAGCAAUGCUAUGUUUUUCCAGCCGGAAGACGAGAAACAGAUAAUUGCUGAUUCUGUGCAAAUUGGCACAUUCCGUUUCUCACUAAGAACUGUGUAUGUUUCUAUUGUUGGUGCAGUUGUAUCGAUCAUUCCUAUCUUUAUCGUCACAUAUUUGUUUAGAAAUGCAAAAUCAAAAACUUCUUUGCAAGCAAACAAAGAAAGGACACCAAAGCAAAAAGAAGAUACAUCAGAAGGUAAAAAAGAGAAGAAAGAAAAUGAAAUAAUUUCUGAAAUGGGAACCAGUGACAAAGAAGUUAUACCUGAUAUUAAAAUUGUGGAAAAGGAAAAGCUUCCACACUGGGUUAUUUAUAUUGCCUGGACAAUAGUUAUUCUUGCGGUCCUAAGUUCAGCGUUUUUCUUGUUACUCUAUAGCAUGCAGUGGGGAAAAGAAGUGUCGAAUGAAUGGCUUGCCAGCUUUCUUUUAUCCUUUUUUGAAUCUCUUUUAAUUGUGGAUCCUAUAAAGGUACUAUUGUUUGCGAUGUUGAUGGUGAUAAUAACAAAGAGACCAGUAGAAGGAGAUGAAGUAGAAGUCGAUCUAGAAUCUGUCAGACAUGCAUCUAAAUUUACAAAUCAAAUGAAUAUUGAUUUCAAAGAACUUCAAGAGCUGCAGAUGGCAGUUAUUUCCGCGGGAAAAACAAUGGAUAGUAAUGCUCUCAAAAAGAAACGACGUCAACUUCAAAAAGAAAAGAAGGCAAAACGUGCCUUCGUUAAUCUUGUUCUACAAGUUGUGUUUGCUUGUUUGAUGUACACUAUCAGCUAUUUAAGUAGGGAUCAAAGAGCUUAUCUUCUUAAAGCAAAUAUUGAAAAUCAGCUCUAUCAAUCCAGCAAAUAUCAGUUUGGUUUUUCAAAGGUCAGUUCGAAGGAGUCUUUCAUGACAUGGAUAAAUGACACAUUAUUACCGGUGUAUUUCCCUACGUCAUCAUACAACGGUGGAAGCAUUAGCGUUCUUGAUAAGUUCUUCAUUGGAGAUUUAACAAAUUUACGAGUAGGGUUAAUACGAAUGAGGCAACUUCGGGUAAAGAAAGAAAGUUGUUUUGGACCAUCGGUUUUGCACGGACAUUUCUGUGCAAGAAAGUAUGAUUCAAACAAUGAAAAUAAAGAUACAUUUUGUGAGGAUUGUUCAAAAGUAUGGAGUCCUGAUGCUUGGCAUUAUGUAUCAGCUAAAGAAUUAUGGGGUACAGACUUGUUCGGAACAUAUAAUGCUUACGGCGGCGGAGGUUUUAUCAACAAACUUGAAAACGACAAACCGAGAACAGAAAAGAUAAUCGGAGAAUCGGUCAUCAACCAAUGGAUCGACAGACUUACUAGAGCUGUUCUUGUUGAAUUCACUUUGUACAAUGCAAAUGUUAACAUGCUUGCAUAUUCAAUAUUCAUGGUUGAAUUUCCAGAAACUGGAGGAACAUUUACCUGGUUUGAUACCCAAUGCUUUCGACCAACAGUGUUAACAGACUCAACAGGCUUAUUUUCAAUUCUCUGUUACAUUAUCUUAGUGUUGAUAGUUAUAGUAAUUACCGUCAAACUUAUUAAAACAAUCAAGAAAGAGAAAUUGAAAGCAAUCAAAAACUUGUGGAACAUAGUUGAUAUCGUUCUUUGUGUAUUCACCUACGUUGCUAUAGUUGUGUGGAUUUGUAAAUAUAUUAAUACAAAACGUGCUCUUGCUAUAUACUAUAAUGACAAAAGCAAAUUUGUAAACUUUCAACAUAUAAUUAUCUGGGAAUAUAUGUUUAACUGUAUUCUUGGUGUUCUUUGUUUUGCGUGCACCAUACGGCUACUGAGGGCUCUUGGAUAUAACCAACGUCUUGUAGAAAUUGCUACGGUGUUAAAGAUUGGUGGAAGUGAAAUAUUAAAGUUUUUCGUCCUUUUCUUUUUUGCCUUUACAGGAUUUACAAUACUUGGAUAUCUUUUGUUUGGACCAAAUGUUUUCGAAUGGCGCAAUUUAUUUGUCUCUUUUGGAAGUCUUACAAACACACUGAUCGGUAGAAACAGUUUAGAUAAGCUGGUAAAUGCAUCUCCAAACUUCGCCGAAUGGUACUUCUUUGUGUAUGUUUUCUUUAUGCUCUUCACCAUGAUGACAAUUUUCCUUUCAAUUCUCAACCAAGCGAUCGAAAAAGCAAGAGCUCAUCCAGAUUAUACUGCUCAAACAAUAGGAAUCUCUAACAUAAUAAAAGGCACAUUUGAUGAUGUACUACAAAUGUUUGGUAUACACAUUGGAAGAAAGAAAAAGAAAGUCCCUAAAACCUACAAGCAAUCUAAAAAGAACCCAGUGGUGAACACAGCAAAUGUUAUGCAUCUCGUAAGAGAAACAUUCAAGGAAUUGAUGCUAGAAACUCACGAGGAGGAACAAAAAACUACUCAAAGCAAAGAAAAAGGCAAAUACAUGCGUCAUGUCACAUUCAAACCAAAUGACCAGCCAAAAAGGCGUACUGAUUACCAUCAGAGGAAUACAUAUGAUACUAACACUAAAGCAUCAACUGACUAUUCCAGAAUGUCUGACUAUGAUGACAAGAACAUAGACCGAAUAACACCUAGUAACAUUAGCCUUGAAGAGAUGAAUAUGACCGACCCUCGGAAACAUAAUGAAUACUACAAGGCGUAUAAACCAUAUCUGUAAUCAAUUCAAAUUUACCAUUUUAUUUUAAACUUUUAUUGUUGUGUGAUUUAUAUGUUAUUUGCUUUUACUGAAUUAUUGGUCAUUUUUAGACACGUGCUUUAUUCAGCAUAUGAGCAAGUUAUUAGAUUUACGUAGAUAUUAGUACCGUUACAUUUUUCAAACAUAACUGUUCAAAUUCACAUAAUUUCUUCUGGUAACUAAAAUUAUACAAAACUUCUUAAAGCAAGCAAGCUGAAGUAUGUGUUUUUUUAACAAGUACAGGUACUACCAUUUGAAUUAUUAUGAUUUAAAAUAUUGCAAUAAAUUGAGUCUAUAUAAAAUAAAAAUAGUAUAUAAUUUUAGAGUGAAGUUUUUCAAAGACAAAUGUUAAAUGAUCAUGUUUAUCAACUCUAUUGA